UGGAACUAGAUGAUCUUAAGGUCCUUUCUAACCCUAACUAUUCUAUGAUUCUAAGGGGGUAUCUGCAUCAUCCCUUCUGCUCUCGGCGCCUCUUAUUUCUACAUCAAGCUGCCAGGAAACCCAACAAUGCUCUGGGCAGACCCCAGGCUCUACAGGGUAAAAACUCAUGUGUUCCUCUGUGUCUUCUCUAGGUGAUAGUACGGCUUUGGGCAUCCUGCGUGAGAAGAAGGAUCGGGAAGAAUGGGAAACAUUGUUCAAAGCCCUGGCUAAGCCCAUCUUCCAGGAGCUGGAGCACAGCCUUAAUUCUAUCAGGGAGCAGAGGAUGAAUGAAGGUCCCCAGAGCUCCAGCCUCCUCCUGAAAAUAGUUCGUGGCCAGACACUCCCUCUCCAAGACCUACCACAGCAGGGGCUGAUCAACCAGCCCUGCAUGUGGCAAUUGGAGCAGAAGGUGACCAUCCAGACUCUGAUGCAUUUCCUGCAGCUGGAAGGUGGAGAAGACACUGGAAGUCCAUACCCGAUUCUGCUGGAGCUCUUGUCAAAGCUUGAGAACAUCCAACACGUCCAACGCCUGCCUGACAUCUUCCGGCUGCAGAAUGCCCUGAUCCACUUCUUCCAAAACAGCCAUAAAGGGGAGCACUACACAGUCCAGCAGUUCCUGGACCAGCCCGAGCUGUCAGAGGACCAGCGUUUGGCUUUCAGCAGAGCUAUUGAGACCAUCCAGAAGGUCUGGAGCAAUAUUAAGAUGAACCCAUCCAUCUCAGGCAUCACCGUCCUGCCAGACCUCUUGCCCAGUGACAUCAGCACCAGCACUGCCAUCCUCCAGCUCCUCCCAACCCAACCGUCCAUCAGCCGCCUGGUGGCCAGGUUCCUCAUCCAGCUGCAGAACAGCUGCGUGGACACAGCCGCACGGGUCACCAAGGAGAGGCAGCGGUCCAUCUCCGCAGAAGAGGUGAAGCCCUCCUCUGUGCUGACUGUAACCAAGAGCGACCUGGUGACCAUGGCACUGACCAACUUGCAGUACGAGAUAGACAAAGACGGCACCAAAAUGACCUACUUCGACUUCCAGAUGCUGCAGAGGCAAGUGGUUCAUCGCUUCAUCAGUGGAAAGCCCAUCAUCAAAGCUCAGACAGCUCCAUCCAUUGCCCUCAACAACAUGAGGACCCUCCAGACCACCAAGACGAAAGUCAGGGACCAACUGCCCCAGGAGAUGCUCAGCAUCAACCAGCAGAAGCACAUCAUGGAAGAGGCCCGCUCGGUCAAUGCCCUCUCCAAGGUCUUGGACACCCUGAAGGUGGCUGCUGAGUUCCUGGCCAUGACGGGUGGUGACCCGGAGUGCCCGCUGCCUGAGUACAUUCGGCAUGAGCUGAGGAUGGAUGCCGGGGCAAAGCAGCUCCAGGAUGUGCCGGUGGUGCCCAACACCCGGCUGAAGCACAUCCUGUCACUGUGGAAGGUCCUGGCAGCUCGCAGGUCCAUGCUGUUGGUACAGAUGAACCAGGAUCCCUUCUGUCUGAUGCCCAAAGAGUUCCAAGAGAAGCUGGGUAAAAUGGAGGAAAAAGCCCUGUCCUCUGCGCUGGCCAACACCAACCUCGACCUCUUCCUCAUUGAGCUGCAUGAGAUGAUCACAGUGGCACUGUCCAUCUUCCAGCCACAAGAUGAGCUGAAGUUUGCCUUCACGUUCUUCCUGGAAGACAACCAAGUCCCUGCCAGCUCAGUUUGCAGCCUCACGGAUGCCCUGGACCCUGACAUUCCCAUCAAGAACAUCCUCUCUGUCUGGAGGACAGCUGCAAGGACCAGCCAGGCCAAUGUCCCUGCCUACAGCCAGAAGGGGCCAGCCCAAGGAAGUCGUUAGAUGGAAACAUCUGCCCCAGCUCUGGGGGCAAUACAUGACCCACAUGUGGGCUCUUGGAGCAGCUUGAGCCUCCGAGCCCCUGAAAUCCUGCUCCCCAAGGCCUGAACCCAGGUGGGAAGCUCCCACCUGGACCCACCACUGCCCCUCAGAGACCUCAAGCAUCCCUGUCCCUCCCACCCUGCUGAGCCACAUGGAGAGCAUCCCCAUGGACACAUCCCCAGCUUCAAUACCCCUGUCUUCAGUUAGCCAACUCUACCCCCUAAAACCCCCAUAUGGGUGCCUGAGAAGUUGUAGUCCCUUCUACGGCCCCGGUGCUGGCCAGCGGGUACAUCUGUGCCUCCCCAUGCUCAUCAUCAGUGGCCUCUGUCCUGCCUU